UCCGACCGCUAGUGGGUCCAGGCCAUGGGGCAGCCCAGGGCUGUGGGGAGCGCGGAGGCGGCGUCCGCGCGGCUUCCUCUUGUGCUCACCGCGCUGUGGGCCGCGGCCGUGGGCCUGGAGCUGGCCUACGUGCUGGUACUGGGUCCCGGGCCGCCCCCACUGGGACCCUUGGCCCGGACCUUGCAGCUUGCGCUGGCAACCUUUCAGCUGCUCAAUCUACUGGGCAACGUGGGGCUCUUCCUGCGCUCGGACCCCAGCAUCCGGGGUGUGAUGCUGGCCGGCCGUGGUCUGGGCCAGGGCUGGGCUUACUGCUACCAGUGCCAAAGCCAGGUGCCACCGCGCAGCGGGCAUUGCUCUGCCUGCCGCAUCUGCAUCCUUCGCCGGGACCACCACUGCCGCCUGCUGGGCCGCUGCGUGGGCUUCCACAACUACCGGCCCUUCCUGUGUCUGCUGCUUCACGCCGCAGGCGUCCUGCUGCACGUCUCUGUGCUGCUGGUCCCUGCCCUGUUGGCCCUGCUGCGAGCCCACACACCCCUCCACACCGCCGCCCUCCUCCUGCUGCCCUGGCUCAUGCUGCUCACAGGUGGGGGGCCGGGGAGGCCUCCACAGAGAGGCAGAGGCCCAUUCUGGCAGAGUGUCUCUGGCGCAGUUCGCGCUGGCCUUCGUGACCGACACGUGUGUGGCGGGUGCACUGUUGUGCGGGGCUGGACUGCUCUUCCAUGGGAUGUUGCUGCUGAGGGGCCAGACCACGUGGGAGUGGGCUCGGGGCCAGCGCUCUUACGACCUGGGCCUCUCCCACAACCUGCAGGCGGCCCUGGGGCCCCACUGGGUCCUUGUCUGGCUCUGGCCCUUCCUGGCCUCCCCGUUGCCGGGGGACGGCAUCACGUUCCAGACCACAGCUGAUGUGGGACUCAUGGCUUCCUGACUCCAGGAAGAGCCUGAGCUGUACAAGGAGUGGGGAACAGGAGAGGGGACUCAGAUAACUCAUUUCAGGCCCACCCCCAGCCUCAGAAGGGGUGGCAGGCUGGUACGCUGGUACUUGAUGCCUGCUUUUGGCAACUCCAGCCCCGCCCUUAGCCUUGCCCUUGCCCAGCUUGGACUCCUAGUGUCCAGGGCUUGGGCCCUGCGGCCCUGCCUCUAUCAGUGGCCCCUGAGUACAGCGAAGGGUCUGGCAGGGGGCUGCUCGGCCUGCCCAGCUGCCCCUUUGCCAGGUUAAUAAAGUGCCCACUUGGUUCUUGGA